UUCCGACUCCUGCGUGACGCGGUCGGGAGGGUCCCGCGCUACCUCUAAGUGGUGCCGGACCGAUGCGCACGACAGGUGGCGCCGUUGCCGGGGAUGACGGUUGCCUGCCGUUGUCCCUAGUGGAACGAUAUCCGGGCACUAGGAUAAGGAAGAAAUCAGGUGUGAAUGAGAGAUUUGAAUAUGUGCUCCAUAAGCACCACCCGGAAGUGCAGAAGGUGGUCGACGACGCUAACGGCGACUGGGCUAAAUUUAAGGAAGGAAUGCAGAGGAAGUAUAGGUUGGGGGAUGGCCUGUUGACUAUGGCGGACCUAGAGGCAAUGAAUAGGGAUGACUUCACCACCAUUGGGGCAUUCCUGCAAGAAUUCAAAAAGAAGGCGAGAAAGGUACAUGGGAUAUCGGAGGAGGCGCAGUGCGCCGUCUUCCUGGGACUGCUCACCGCAUCUGAGACAGUUGAGCUAACAAACCACUGGCAUGGGGGAGGAAAUGCCAAACUUACCUGGGCCACCAUUGACAGAGGGGUGGAGGUUGGAGGCCUCGACCAAGUCGAGCAGCACCAGGUGCGGCUGCAGAGGCAAAAACGGAAGGACAGGGAUGCGGCUGGAUCGCCAGGAGUAAAGAAGAUCAUAACCGACAUAUUAGCAGGGCUAGACCCGGUGAUACAGCGGAAGGUGACAGCGGCAGUCCAGGAAAAAGGCAAGGGGGCCGUGGUAGAGGAGGCUACCCAGGAAGGAUGGGAAGAGGAGGAGUCGGUACCGCCACACCUUACGAAGGCGCAGCGUAAGCAGCGCAAUCUAGCACAAGGCGGACAAGGGUCAGGAAAGGGCCAGGCGCCUCAAGUAGUGGUAGCGGCAUCUCCGAGUUCGUCCGGGCCAUCAAGUAGUGCGGGCCCAUCGCAAGCAUCAGUGCCACCAUUUGGGCACUGGCUGUGGCCCCUAAUUAAUACCUAUGUACCCUGGGGUGGCCCAGCGCCGUCUGGACAGGUAAUACCCUAUGCUGGGCCCCAGGCAAGUAUGCCACCUCCGAGCUACCYCGCCGCCCAGACUCRGYCAGCGGUACCACCGACGCCRACGCCCACACAAAGUUCAYAAGGCAGUGUGACGGGUGGUGGUAACCAAGGCCAAGGAAACCAAGGGAAUGGAGGAAGGGGCGGUGGGCGAGGACGUGGCAGGAAUGGCGGUGGCCGAGGAGGCCAAUGGGGCAACCAAGGUGGCCAAGGCAAUCAAGGCGGCCAAGGCAACCAAGGGGGCCAAGGUGGUGGAAGGGCCCGAUUUGAUUGGASGACUGCCAUAUGUCAGCACUGUGACCAGCAAGGUCACACUAUUAGGUUUUGCAACAUACGGAGAGAGRACGAKAAAAAUGGACUGAUUUAUUCUAAUAUGGAUGGGGACAUUUACGACCAAUUCGGAGAUUUUAUUGAUAGGAAGGCUGGUGGAGUUAGGGCGGAGGCCCAACGAAGGUUAGCAGCACGACAGCCACCCCCUGCCACGUUCAGGCUAUGGAAGGAGAAGGAAGAAUUGUCAAUUGGAGUUGAGGGAGUAGGAAGCAACGAGGAAGUAACCCAGAGGCUACAGGCCGGGGAUGUAAGAGGGAAGCCCAUAAUCAUCGAGUCGGACGAUGAGGGUGACGAUGAAAAGGUAGAGCCGACGGUAGUCCUGCUGAAUAAGAUGGAGGAUUUAUUGGACAAGGUAGGGAGGUACCAACGAAAGUUGGUAGGUCUUUGCGAGGGAGUGAAGGAGUGGAGGGCUAACCUCCCCAAGGUCUUUCUUUAUGACGCUGGUCCAGAAUCCAUGCCAGGGCGGCCCGGAGUGACCACUGUGGGGACGGGCCCGCGGUCAGAGAUGAUGACUAGGCCCCCUACCCCGCAAGCUAGGCUGGCUCAGGCGGCCCGCACUCUAAGUCAAGCCAAGGCAGGUGCGAGUCAAGGACCUCCUCGGAAGGAACCAGAACCAAAAAAGAGGAAGGAAACUGUAGAGGUAGAGGAUGAUGAUGAUGAUGAAGGGGAAGAUGACUGGUUACGUCAGGAAGAAGAUCAAAGGGCCGAACAGCGAGCCAAGAAAAGAGAAAGUCGGGGAGAGGCCGAACCGGUUAUGCGAGACGUACCGCCAAAGAGGAAGAAGUAUGCGGUCCGGCUAGAGGAAGGAUUUGAUGUAGAGCGAGUAAUUGACAGGCUGCUUGAGGGCCAUAAUGAUUUAAUGACCCUAAAAGAGAUCCUAGCGUCUGCGCCCAGGCUCCGCAAUGAGUUAAAGGGCAGACUGUCAAGACGACUGGUACCAAGUGUUCACCUCAGCGUGAUGCUGCCCAAGGAGAUGGAAUGGGCAGAGCCAGGGACAAAAAUGGAUUGGAAGUGUGUAGCUUGUGGCGUGGUGGACCUAGCGGUUAAGGGCUCCAAAUGCACAGCCAUGGUGGAUACCGGCGCGGAGAUGAAUAUCAUUCGAGAGGCCGACGCCAUCAAGUUUGGGUUAGAGGUAGACCGUUCAGAUUGUGGCAUCCUGCACGGGGCCAACAACAAGGCGGUGUUCUGUGGAACAACCUCGAAUGUGCUACUGGAGAUUGGCAGGGUGAAAGUGCGGGCCUGUUUCUUUGUGAUGCCUGAUGUGGACCACAGCAUCCUCCUGGGGAGGUCCUUCCUAUGCAGGACAGAGACUUUGAUAUAUAAUAAGCAUGAUGGGUCAUUGAUCCUGAUUCUAUAUGAUCCAGCAUGCGGGAAUUACGAAGUGAUUACCUGCUGGAACACUUGGCCAAGGAGCCUCAGGAACAGGCCCAACCCUGACUCCUUCACGAUUGAGGAGUCAGAAGACGCGCAUCGGAGGCUUAUGGCAGAGCCCGAGGACGAAGUAGAAGGUGAAGUCUUCUCGCUCAGACUGUCGGAUGUGGGAAAGGCCAUGGAUAUAGUGGCCACGCAAGAGAUGGCCGAUCCGGAUGCCAUUCAGGCGUUGAGGGAGCAGGUUCUGGACGACGAGGAGCGUGGCAAGUUGGAUGUGGACAAGAUUCCAAUGAUCCGCAUCCAUACCGUGCCGCACGAGCCAUGGAAUCUAAGAGGGGCGCGAUACCCCGAUCCGAACGAAGAGAAGAAGGUAGUGGACUAUCUCGAUGGCAAAAUACGUACGCACGUCGCCGACUACUCGAGCGGACCCUACGCAUCCCCAUGGUUUUGUUUUAUUAACCCCAAUGGGACACUAAGGUGGGUACAGGACUUGCAGAGAUUGAAUGCGGAGACAGUGCGGCAUGCAGGUGGGCUACCAAAUGCUGAUGCGCUGUCGGAAUUGUGCGCUGGGAGGCCGAUAAUUUCACUUAUUGACUUCUAUUCCGGAUAUGACCAAUUUACGGUCUACCCGCCGGACCGACCUGUGACAGCUAUGCACACGCCUCGAGGGCUUAUCCACAUGAAUGUGGCUCCGCAAGGGUGGACGAAUGCGGUGGCAAUGGUCCAGAGGAAUAUGAUCCGGAUCAUGCAGACAGUUAGUCCACACAUCACGCAGCCAUACAUCGAUGACCUGGCAGUGAAAGAGCCGCGAAAAAGGGAAGACGAUGAGGUCCUGCCUGAAGUAAGGCGGUUUGUUUGGAGGCACGUUCAGGACCUUGAUAAAGUCUUGGGCUUGCUUGAGGAGUACAACCUUACGGCCAAUGUAAGGAGCUUCCUAGGUACGUGUGGGUUUUGGAGGUCCUUCGUCAAGAACUUUGCGGCAAAAACAGAGCAAUUAAGGAAGCUGGUCCGGCAGGAUCAGGAGUGGGCCUCGGGUGAGGAUCAGGAAGAGGCUGUGGCCAACAUGAAAGAGGAGUUUCAGGAAGGAGGAUUGGUGCUGGGAGCGUCCGAUUAUGACGCUGCGGAGACGAGACCAUUCAUUGUGGAGACCGAUGCAGGACCGACGACCUUGGGUGGAGUUCUAAUCCAAGCAGACGUCAAGGGGAAGGAGAGGCCAUUGCGCUUUGAGAGUCGCACGCUGAGGUUCAUCUUAAGGGUAGACCCAACGGCUCUGGCUUUCUCCCUCAGGAAUUAUGUUCCGUCCGAUCCAACAGUUGCCAGGUGGUUGACAUACAACUGGAUGUUCAACUUCGAGUUGGAACGGAUCCCAGGGAACAAGAAUAGGGCAGAUGGGCUAAGUCGCAUCAACUGGGAUAGGCGGGACGGGGAAGCUGUAGAGGAUACGGCCCAUGUUGAUGGCUUUCUGGACCAGGACGAGGACAUCCGCCUCCACAUCAAUAAGUGGUCCCCACGAGUCCCCAACUGCGUUGGCCAUCCUAUCUGGCACGCGCCUAAGGGGUAUGAGCGGAAGGCUGAGUUGGUGCUCAAGCCUUUCAAAGAGGAGGAUCCCUGGGGCGGUAAGGACGUCCAAUGGAUGACCAAGUUGGCACUCGCAGGUAGCCAUUGUAUGGUGGAUGAGGUACUGACGAUAGAGGAGGGCCCGGAUAAGGUAAAACGUCACGAGGAAUUAAUGGGAGGGAUGUACCUCCUCGUCAAUGCGCUUCUGCAGGAGUCCCUUGAUUUGGAAAGCUCACCAAACCCGGCCGAAGGAAGAGAUACUGUGUUGGAGAGCCAGGAUGACGAGUUUGAAGAGGGAGAGGUCAAGGAGGCAUUCCGUGCAGAGGAGUAUGAAGGGAUUUACCUAGAGCUGGGACUUCUCUUAUCCUGCAAGAUGCGUGAUAGAGACGCAAGCCAUAGGGCGCAGAUGAUGAGGGAUUGCUACCUAGUAAGGGACGGUCAUCUCUUCGUAAGAAGGAAAGUAGAAAACCCCAGGCGGGUGGUAUGUGGUCGCAACCGUCAGAUCGACGUCAUAGCAGCGCUUCACGAUGGCAUUGCGGGUGGACACCGGGAAAUUACUGCCACAUAUGCCAAAAUAAGUGAGCUAUACUACUGGGACGAGAUGAUAGAGAUGGUUGGGAAAUUUUGUCGUUCCUGUGUGCCGUGCCAGGAGCAGUCUCGUCUAAGGCCAGGAGAGCCACUGCAUCCGAGGCUGGAGAGAGAGGUCGGGGCCGUAGUACACCUCAACUUAUUGUUCAUGCCCCUUGGAGAUCAUGACUACAACUAUAUCUUCGAUGCGCGCGACAACCUAUCUGGCUUCGUAGAUGGACGGGCAAUCCGUACGAAGACUGGGCCAGUUCUGGUCGGCUGCAUCGAGGAGUAUUACCUACGCUACCCGUUCGUUAGAGAAUUCGUGAUGGACCGAAGGUCGGAGUUCACCUGUCAAGAGGUUCAAGGUUUGCUAUCGCGGUAUGGAGUGGUAGCUAACUACACCACAGCCGCUCACCCUCAGACGAAUGCCCCAGUGGAAAGGGGGCAUAGCACCAUUACGGCCUUGCUAGCGAAAUGGACUGAAGGUAAGCCCAACCAGUGGCCAAGGUAUCUUAGGGCCGCCUUCUUCGUUGAGAACAUCACAGUGAAAAGGACCACUAAGUACGCGCCGACCACGCUGUGGUAUGGAAGACAUGCUACCUUUCCAAUCGAGAGCUUCCUAAAGACUUGGAGGCGGCAGGACUUGGAGGUAAAUUUGUCAUUUGAAGAGCUGCUCGAUAUUCGAGCUCGGCAAGUGGGUGCAAUUGAGGAAAGGGUCCAAGAGGCAUCCGACCAGGUAGAGAGGAGUCGUAUGGACGAUAAGGCUUGCUGGGACCAGUCGGCUCGUGUAAGGAAGGUACCCUUGGUAGUUGGGGACGUCGUGCUCUUGUAUGAUUCAUCCCUGGAAAAACAGUGGUCCAGGAAGCUGGAUAAGAGGUGGUUAGGUCCCUAUCGGAUCGUGCGAUGCGGAGAGUUUGGUGCAUACCAGAUCGAGGAGCUGAAUGGAGCAGAGUGGAAAGACUGGGUGUCAGGGACGAGGUUGAAGAAGUUCAUGGCCAGAGAAGAGCCAGAACCACCUCAGCCUAGAGUCGAAAGGCGCCUCAGGAGCGGCAGGCAGAGGGAACCUGAGCCCGAUGAAGACCGAACCUCGCGGAGAGGACGGAAGGCGCUUGCUAGUCGGGAAGAGGAGGACGUGCCUGAGGCAGAACGACGGGAGGAGCACCCCGAGGGUGGACUCGGGCCAGUGGAGUUCCACCACUAUACUGGAGGAGGACUGGGGGGACCGCCUCAGCAUAUACAGGAAGAGAUACCGGCCGUUGAAGGGUCAUUGCAAGAGUUAGAGGCACACCUGGAUGCUGCCCAUUGGAGAGAGCCGCCGAUGAGUGAGGGGCGCAUUGAGGCCAUCGCGGAAGUACCACAAGAGAACGUUCCAGACCCUGAACAAGAGGAGGGGCCGAGUGCUACGAAAGACCGGACUGGGGAUGAGAUCAUAGAAGUUGAGGAAGACACUCCCCCUCAGGGACCAGCCGUGGGGCAGAGGCUCGGUAGUCCACUCGAGAGUCCGCCAGAUACGAGGAAGAAAGUACAAAGGGAGGAAGUCUCAAUCUCGGUGCCGGAGACAGCCCUAUCGCUGACAGGAAUGGAGGCAAGUGAGGCGGAGGGGGCCAGUCUGAGAAGGGAGGCAGACAGUCUAAUUGAUAGCCAUCUGGCCGCCCACGCUCUGGAGCAACCUAGCCUGGAAGAGGUCAUACCUGUGGAGUCACCCCGAGAACCAGGCAAGGCAGAGGUUGAAACUUCACAGAGAGUUGAUGAGUAUUUGGAUCAGAGGAUUCGCUCCGUAUCCAAGGCCUCCUUCGACAGGCAUAUGAUGUUGGAGGCGGAUCUGAGAGGGAAGGAACUAAAGAAAGCAGGGUUGGAGUCACUGUUGGUGACUAUUGAGGCAGAAGUCCGAGAGCUCAGGGCUCUAGUGACUAGCCAGGCCGCCACCAUCCUGGAAUUGAAGCAGCAACUCCAUGGCGGCAGGGAUGGGGCGGAGAGUAGCAGGCUAGGAGAGCAGAGGCAACUGGGACAUUACGUAUCAGAGCAACCAGCUGUGGCUGAGCCUCAGCAAGAGGCACCUAUGGGAAGAGUCAUUUUGGAGCCUGAGGAGGCAGAGGCCAAGAGGAAGGCUGAGAGUGAAGUCUUCGAAUUCAGAGCCCCUACGGAGCUUGCGGUGCUACCCACGAUGGCUGCAGACCCUGCCAUGCCACCGUCACUUGGGGAGAGACUGCCCUCGGCCAGUGAUGAGCCUCCCCAAGGCUCGACAGGAGGGUCCUUGGACGUGCUACCGGAAACAGUCCACUCUAUGCAGGAGGAUGCGGGCUUGUUUUCGCCAGAGUCCAAGUUAGAAGAGCCCCUGGAGAGCGAGAUGGGAGGUGCAGUGGAGGGCAUCAUCACGGGCAGGCCCCUGAAGUUGGAUACUCCUGACUACGAGCCAGAGAGAGCAAGGGCGCAACCAGGGCCCAGUCCGCGAGAGUCGGAGGCAGGAUCUGAGAGACCCAGGGAUGUGCCUCAGUGCCAUGAGUUGGACAGAGAAGCCAGGGAAACCCCAUCGCCAGCAGGGCCCCAGCGGAAGAAGAAAAGGCCUAGGAAGUCGUUUGACUCGACCUGCUUCUAUUGUACGAAGGAAGAGCACAGGGCAUUGCAGUGCCUAAAAUUCCUAAAGGACCAGGCAGACGGGAAGGUCUCGGAGUAUGAUGGGAAGAUGUAUGAUAGGCAGGGUAGAGUGGUGGAACGAGAUGUAGAUGGGGGUAGAGCUCAGUUGUACAGGCUGAACCAGGAGGAGAUGAGUGAGUAGGGUCUGAUUCACCUGAUUAAAAACUGGAUAUUUCUUUGACGAUUUUGCUAUUACUUAG